AACUGAAGAGUUAAAUGAUUAUUAAUAAUGAAAUAUCAUAGCUUGUGGCUUUUUGUUAUAUUUCUUUGUGUCGGUUACAAUAAUCAAUUGGUGCAGAGCACACAAGAUGAAGACAGCUGGAUCGAUCCCGAUGCUUGGGGACGUGAAGAAUAUCUUCAAAAUCCACAACGGAGCAAAACUAAAUAUCAAAGUGAUGAAUCCAUGGUAGACUCGAAAUGCCCCGUAUGUAAGGACCACAACCAUAGUGAAGAAGCCGUCGCACUGAUGUAUUAUAAAAGACUCAUUGCAAACUUAUUUAAUAGCGACUUUUUCAAGCGUAAUGACUUAACUGGAGAAUUUACUCGUUCAUUAAUAUUCACUGCUCUGCCAGCUCAGUUAGAACAGCUCAAAAACUUAAAUGACCCACGCGAUUUGGAUAUGAUUUUAUCAAAAAUUCUGUCAAAGACAAGAGUGCCUACUCAAACAGAUUAUUAUAAUUUUAAUAAAAAAAACCAAGCAAAUGGUAAAAUUGUUUUUGCCCUUAUUUGGGAUAUCAUCAAGGAUUUGGGACAGUUAUUGAAAGUUUCCGAGGUUCAAUUUUUACUUGGAGCUGGUGGUUUGCUACUGAUUGGUUGGCAUUGUCAUCGAAAAUAUAGCAUCGGUAUUAUUACAAUGAUUGUCGGAGCCGUUGUGUGCUUUGGAUAUUUCCACACGUAUUUGGAAUGUAAUCGCAAAUUGGAAGCUGAACGUUUAUUAGAAAUGCUUGCACGUCAGGAGCAGUUAGCACCGCAAGAACCCCGAUGGUACACGCCCAUCGUAAGCUUUUUUACUUUCAGCGAGCAACAGGCCCAAAAGACCAAAAGGGAAUAUAUCAAACAAGCAAGUCAACUAAAUAUGAAUUUCUGUCGACCCGAUCAUGUGUUUCUUCUGUAUGCCAAUGACCUGUUCUUAAAGCAACUGUCAUUUCUGAUAGACAAAUCUGUUGAAACAAUGGAAACACUUCGAAACAGUUUGAGCUUCCCAUUCAACUAUAUAGCAGGCGUAGUGCUAGUCUUCCUUAUUGGCUAUUAUGUAAAAUGGACAUUCAAGUAUAUUCUAAGUCCACGUGCUUGGUACGGCGUAUGGCAGCAACAUGAGUAUUCAACGCAUCGCGGUGGCCUCCCUGCAAGCACAGGUACGGCACUUCAUGAAGAUCGUAUUUCUGGUGAAAAUUUAAGAAUACUUUUGAACGCCAUUAGCGGCGCGACGUCGUCGAACCAGAUUUCGAUCAGCAAUACAACCGCCACGGCGGCUUUAACACAAGCAACCGAGCAGGGUUCUGGUGUGCAGGAAAUACUGGCGUCAUUAGAAAACGGUAGCGCUGAUACAGCCUCUGACACUUCAAUGUCCGAGAAGUUACCGAAAUCAAAAGAAAACUCCCCACAGAAGCAAACAGAUGAAAGCGUUAACAAUAAUGCAACGGCAAAGCAGCAGGAUAUGUCGAAGAGUGCUAAGGAAGCACACGACAUAAAGUUGGAAGACAUAUUGGAUGAGGAAGCGUAACAAGCGUAGUACUGCUAACAUUUAUUUUUAUAUAAUAAUUUAUUUAUUUUUUUUAUUCAUUUAUCACUUUUUCAUAGUAGCACUGUGUGUGAACAAUGUAACACAACGCUUAUUGGUUUAGAGAGAAAAAAAAUGCAAAAGCGAAGCUCGUUAAAUGUUAUAAUUUUAACUUAGAAAGUAAAGUACGUUAUUUAUGUUCUAAGAUACAAGCAAGCAACUAGUAAUUAUGGCAGGAACCAUGUGAUAUGGAUUGAAAAUAAUACUGUUAAAAUUUACUUUUUUUAUACAUAUAUUUCUGCACAAAAGUUGUAAACGAUUUCAACUACAUAUAAUAAGUAAAAAUAAUUAUGCAACAUUAAAAGAACUACAAACGGUUUGCGACCAAAAAUCAAAAAUGUUUGUCUGUAUUAAUUACCUUUUGGAAUAUUUUGCUAUGCUAAAUAGCUAUUACAAUGAAAUAAGAUAAAUGCGUCAAUUAUUUUUAAUUGGAUUAUUGGAUUUUUAUUUCAACUAUUAUUUUUAAAGUUGUUUGUUACAAUAUAUACUAUAUAAGUAUAAUAUAUAUAAAUACAUAUAUUAUGAUUUGUUUAAUUUUUUAUCGUAUUUGUUUAAAGCUAUGUCUAGCAUUUGUGUGUAAUAUGUUUAUGUUUAUUAUUAGCUCAAACAAAUACAAUACAUACCGUCAUUCUCGCUUACUGCUAUUGGUCACUGCAUUCUCAACAAAUGCAUACAUAUGUAUGUAUAGUACUAUAUCUUGUAAUCUUGUAUAAGUGUCGACUCUUAACGUUAUAUAUUUGCUACGUAUAAGUUAUGUUUAACUUAAUUAAUUGUUUGAGUACUUAAAUUCAUUCAUUUCGAAAUAAACAGCUAAUAUGCUUAACUUUUUUAUCUCUGUACAGCAGCUACGAAAAAAAAUUUAGUAUUAUAUAUGUGAAUGUGCUAGUAUUGUAUCUAUAUAUGCUAAAGCGCACUUGUUUUAUACAUUUGCAAAAUUUACUUAGUAAAGUGAAUAUGCAUAAGUGACAUGAAGUGCGGUUAGGGCAAAGUAAACGCAUAAAGUAGCUAUAUAUAUAUUUAAAAAUUGUUAUGUAAUCAGUUUUUUAUCGAAAAAAAUGUGAAACAUAAAAUGUCAAAGUUUAUAAUUCGUAUAUGCAUUUUUCUGAGUUAUUAUCUCUGUCUGUUUUGCCGUCUAUUACGUUAACGCUUUUAUUUAUAAUCUAUAUAAUCUUUAUUUGUUUUAAUACAUGCAUUUGUAUAUAUUUAAUUUACGCAAUUUAUAAGUAUAAACUAAGUUUCUAUUUAUUCGUUGUAUUUUUACAAAAACACGGUGUGAUGACGACGGUCAAGCGCAUUUAACCGUUUCGAGUUCAACUUUUUUGUUGCUUGAAUAACAUAAUUGUAACAUAACUGCACACAAAGUUGACUCUACAUUGCAUUGCAUCAUUUUUAAUUAACUUCAGUUACGUAAACAUUUAGCGAAUUUAUAAAGCUUUCUUUUUUCGCCAGAUGCCAGGAUUAGCUACUAUCAUAUACAUAUUUAUUUACAUAUUUGAACCAACUAAACACAGCUUUUGCUAAGCAGUUUUCGAAUUUGUUUAAAGUUUUUGUAACAGUGAUAAAUGUAAUGCGGAUUUGUUAACAUCAACAAAUUUAAAUGAAAUAAAUAACACAAACCGAAAACCUUAA